AACGUAGUAGAUAAGAUGUCGAAACAAAGCCAAGAGCAAACGGUAAAUAACAACAAGCGGGACCCGGGAAAAGUAAAGCAAAAGCGUAAAAAUGCGCACCAGGUGCGUAAGUACUUUCGGCCCACUGGUGAAACGAAGCAAAUAUGCACCUUUUGCGGGUGGGAAACGCGUGAAAAUGCGACGCGAAUGGUGCAGCACAUCGUGCAACGGUGUAACGAAGCGUCCGAGGCAGCACGGGACGAAAUAUCGGCAUCGUUGAUGGACGCAGAAGAGCGGGAGAUGCAAUCGUUCUACACAUCGCACAACAAAAAGGCCGUGCAUGAGUUUUUCAAAUCCGUCGACGACGAUCGGAAGCGCCAGUGUGUGUUCUGCCGAUGGACCACCGUGCUGAACCUGACGCGGAUGCGCUAUCACAUCCUGCAGAUGUGUAACUACGUGCCGCCGGAAAUCCGGCAAAGCUUCAUGAAACAGGAACACACUGAUUCGGAUUCACAGUGCGACACGUACUGCAUUGUGAACGUGAACGAUGGCGAUCGAAAAGGGCUGAAGCUAGUAUCGAGCAACUCGCUGGAGCAUACCGACACUGCCCUGGUUCAGGAGGUGGUUCUCGAGGCGGAAGUUUUCGAUAAUCAGGAAGACGUGUACUACGACGGGAACGAAGUGGAGGAAAUGGAGGAAACGCCGGGUCAACUGGAGGAGGAAGAUAAUCUGGAAAUCUUGAAUCAAAUCGAUAACGAGACGGAGAUUGAAAUUGUAGACGGCGAAAAUGCAAGCGAAGACGAAACGCUUGCAACGAUCACUAAAAGUGUAGUCACCCGGUUGGCCAAAGUUCCGGACAGAUACUAUACUAUCAACAAACGUAACGGACGAGAGCGACUGUCCCAGCUCGCGGAUGAACAGAACUGCAUCAAAAAAAUAAAAAUGGAAAAACAGGAUGUUCAAAACGAUAACAAAUUGGCAAGAACUGCAACGGUGAAAGUAUUACACUCAUUGAAUCAGCAAAACCGGAGAGUCCAGCAUCAAGUGAGGAAGUUUAGAACGGGUUUGUCGGCUUCCAGCACUCCGAUCAUUAAGCAAGCUUUUGAAAAGAGCAAGCUAUUGAAGAAGAAAGAGGCAAAUACUGGUCAAUCAUCUCCUCGCGGAAGGAAUCAUCAGGAAUCGCUGCAAACGAAUGACGAGCAGGAUGAAAGUCCACCAUCACCGCCUCAGAAAACGGCUGCCAGCGUUAGAACCGUUUCACAGCCAAAAGAUGCCAUAGCAGCAACUUCAACAUCUCUUCGUAAUACCCCUCGGCAGGUACGUGUUGAAAGUGAUGCUGCUGGGCCGGAAGAGCAAGGAUCCUGCCAUUCGUUCGGCGGUGGCCAUGUGUAUCCGCAGGAAGCACCCCGAUUCGUUGACCACAAGCUCCAGUACACGAAGGCGGUCAUCUCACGACCAGCACCGGAGUUUGAAGCCACAGCCGUAGUGGAGGGAGCCUUCAAGAAGAUCAAACUGUCGGACUACCGUGGCAAAUAUUUGGUGUUUUUCUUCUAUCCGCUUGAUUUCACGUUCGUGUGCCCGACGGAAAUUCUUGCCUUCUCCGACCGGGUGAAUGAGUUCAAGAAACUAAACACGGAGGUGAUUGCGGCCAGUAUCGAUUCCCACUUCACCCAUCUUGCGUGGAUCAAUACGCCGCGAAAAGAAGGUGGGCUCGGCCGGAUCAACAUUCCACUGGUGAGCGACAUUACGCACAGCAUCUCGAAGGAUUACGGCGUCUUUUUGGAUGAUCUGGGUCACACUCUGCGUGGUUUGUUUAUCAUCGACGAUCGCGGUGUGUUGAGGCAAAUUACGAUGAACGAUCUUCCGGUCGGCCGAUCCGUCGAUGAGACGCUGCGAUUAGUACAAGCAUUCCAGUACACGGAUAAGCAUGGAGAAGUUUGCCCAGCCGGAUGGAAACCAGGCCAAGAUACGAUUGUACCGAACCCGGAAGCAAAAAUUAAGUAUUUUGAGAAAAAUCAUUGACAGUAGGGGGAAUGCAUUUAAUAAACAUUUGGUUUUUAUUUUUGCUAAUUGCUGUAAGGAAAAAGCUCGUA